GUUGACCAAGGAAUGGAGUGAUCUCUGAUAAAUUCAGUUGGGCAACUCGGCUUUUUACGGCCAGGGUCUCUCCCUUCGUGUUACUCAAGAUGGGUUCACACACGCUAGAAGUGUUACGCCAGGGCUUGUGGGGUUCUUUAACCGGGGGAUGGUAUUUUGACCCACACCAGAGUAUUUUUUGCAACACACUCCACCUGUAUUUGUGGCUCUUCCUGUUGUUUUUCCCAUUGGGUUUGUACAUGGCUUUUCCCCCCUUCCCAACGAUAUGGGCCACCUACUGCGUCUUGACCGCCGUCGUCUUUUCCUGCAUCAAGUUCGUCAGCCACCGCAUGCAUGUGACCUUCGAUGCCGGGGAGGAGGCAGCCCCGGCGGGGCAAGCAGAGGAGGAGAAGCCCAGCGAGGACGAUGGCAAAGACAGGGAGGCUGGGGAGAAUGAGAACGAGUUCAGCACUAGCAGCCAUCAGAGGACCAAGUUUGGCAUGGAAGAUGAUGCCAUUGAGCUAGAGGAGCUAAAUAGCAACCCCCAACAUGUGGCAUCUCAUUCAAGAAGAGACAGUUCCAGAGACUCCUUCCAUCAAGACAACGAAAAGGGGGCAUGGAGUGACAAGGAUCUGCCGGGGAGCAUCCGUGUGGAGAUCCAUCCCCAGAAGGACCCGCCUACCACCAGUCACCUGGACGAUUCCCUGACGCAGGCCCUGGACGCGUUGGACAACAUGGAGAAUGACCUCAAGCUGGAUAUCGUAGACGUGUCCUCAAAGCAACUUGGUGGGAACGAAACAGUGCCACCAACAACACUUAGGAGUCAUGGUUCACCUCAUAGCAGAAGGAAAAGACAAGUCUCCCCACAGGAUUCAACUAGGUUGUCCAAUCGUAGACGAAACCGUACAUCCAUGGGAACCAACACAGGUAGGGCCACACCAUCCCCAAAGGGCCCCUCAAGCACGGAACUCGGCAGCGACACAGACUUCAAGACAGAGAGAGGAGUCUUAGACUCAGUGCCGGCGUCGCUGUCGACCGUAUCUAUGCAAGAACAAAGCUCUGGGACUCCGCAGGGAAAGUUGACAAAGAGGGACCUUGAGAGUUGCCCUCACCUCGGUUUGUCCAGCAUCACCCCACGGGCAGACUCUGACUCCCUUCUUGCCAUGCUCACUAAAGAGAGAACUUCCGAACAAGAGACGGAAGUGAAAGAUGAAGCUCGCAGGAGGACUAAGAGCAGUGGUAGUGGGGAGAGAACCAGGAACAGACACUCUGCUGAGCAGCUCUCGGCAUCAGGCCGACCUGGGAGGUUUAGCUUCCUAGACAGCUCAGCAGGACAAUCACUAACCCCACCUAGCAGACGAAGAACUGCCUCUGGUAACAGACAAAUGUCUAGUAAGAAAAGCAGGCGACAGAGUGACCGGCAGAAGGAGUUAGCUUUACCCAUCGAGGAGAAUAACAACGAGCUGAAACAGUCUCCGGAACCCAGAGACAAACAUGAUAAGAGAACUCCAAGCCCAACUGGGCAUGGUAGACGCACGUCUCCCGACGAUCAUAGAAACUCUUUAUUGAAAAGAGCAUCCCCAACCCAUGUAGGGACGUCUCCGCUGUCUGGAAUGAGUGAUGGCAGCCCUCGCUUGCAGAACCUUUCAGACACUGUGUCCGAAGAUUCUUUGGACCUGAUUGUCAAGAACGUUCUAGGCUCAGGUGUGGAGAUUGACGAAAACUGUGACUCCAGUCACACCCUGACCUCGUCUAAGAAGUCGGGGCAGGGUGCAACCAGCUCAAGCUCUGAUGAUGAUAGUACAGUAGUGUCGGAACACUCAGCUUUCUUAGGAUCAUCAGGCAAUGCAGCAAGUUCCAGGAGUACAUCUAGUUCCACAGGAAUCCAGUGGUUAUUCAACACAGAAGGGGAAGGUUCAUCAGAUAAAGGGGGUGAGCUGAGUUCCACGAGUAAAGCGUCAGCGAGGGAGCCCUCCCCACGUAGCCAUAAUCGGGCUAAAGAGGGCGCUAUACCAAAGAGGAAGGCCCGUCUGAGUAACAGUACUAGCCAAAGUGACGAGGAGAUCAAGCCAGAGCUUGAGGCAAACCAAGAGAACACGGGAACCAACAGCAGUAACCGUCUGAUUGGCAGGAUGAUGAAACGAGUCUUGAGGGAGGAGUCACUCCGGUUCCAACUGGAGGAUGUCAAUCCUACCAUACGACGAGCCAGGCGACGGGCAAGGUACCUGAGCUCGACCAGCGAGUCGAGACAGCGCCACCACAGUGAUAGGGACGAGCGCACGUCCUCAAGCGAUCGUCGACACAGACGAGAGCCCAGGCAGACUACCCACCCUCCCCCCUCACCGUACCUGGCAGCCAUCGUGAGGCGUGAGGGAAGGUACAUGGCCUCAGCCCAUGACGACUCGUCCCCCGGGUCGGUACACUGCUUCCAGGAUGAGCAUGGUAACUGGAUGACAUACACGUUUGAUGAGAACAGUCCCGGAGUAGCUCAGAGGCUGGACACAGACCCUAACCCUAACGCUGAGGCCUCACCGCCAUCAGAUCCUGAGAAACCCUCCAUCGAUUGGCCGGACAGUUCCAGUUGCCACUCUGACUCCACCGUCAUCACCAUGCCCAAGUCCUCAGGAGCUACCCUAGACAGCGGCGGUGGCCCCUCCUCUCUGGACAGUCACAUCCCAAGCUCCAUCCUCUUCAAUCUCACCAGCCAGCACUCCUCCUCGGCGGCCGGUGGGGGCAGCCAGUCCUGGGAGCUGCCCCGUAACUUCCUCAGCGAGCUGGGCUUACAGAGUCUGAUCGAGGACGUCCGGAGGCAGAACAGCGACCAGAGCACGCGGGACGAGGCUAUCAGCCUGGCCAGCGCGGAGCGCAGCCGGAAGCGGCGUGAGCGGGCCCGGAUCAAGCACAACUACCGCUUCUGGGUGUUACCGGGCCGGUCGUUGCGGGUGACCUUUGACCGGCUGGCCUUCCUUGCUCUGUUUGACAGGAAUCGUACCUUCUUAGAGAGCAUGAUAGCUGUGCUGUUGUCUGUUCUAGUCUCUGUCCUGGGUUUCGCCGUGCUCAGUCAGGGUUACCUUCAUGAUUUCUGGGUCUUCUGGUUCUGCUUCGUCCUUGCCAGCUGUCAGUACUCACUCCUUAAGAGUGUUCAACCGGAUGCAGCUUCUCCUAUGCAUGGUCACAACCAGAUUAUAGCCUACAGCCGGCCCAUGUACUUCUGCAUCUGUUGUGGUCUUAUCCUCCUGCUGGACUAUUGUGCCAGCCAGCCCAUGUUGUACCAGACUGCCCCCAGUCUAUAUGGGCUGUCUAUAGGGGGGCAGGCCUUGCUCUGGCUGGGCAGGGAUAUGCUUAUAGUGUUUGUGUUAUGUUUUCCAUUGAUCUUCCUGCUGGGGCUUCUACCACAGUGCAAUACCUUUGCUACGUACCUCCUAGAGGUCAUCGAUGUACAUAUAUUUGGUGGCAAUGCAACUACCGGUCUCGCUGCAGCAGUCUACUCUUUUUCCCGAAGCGCCCUCGCUGUGUUAUUACUCGUUGGUUUUGCUUUCGGUGCUCUGAAGGACAAUGCAACGUCUCAGCACCUGUUGUUCUCCGUGUUCUGUGGCCUCCUAGUAGCAAUCAGCUACCACCUCAGCCGAAGUGCCUCAGAUCCAAGUGUCUUGUGGUCAAUUAUCAAGAAAUUUGUCAUGACUGAAUCUCAAGCCAAGCCGGAGGGAUCCCUGGAUGAAAUCAGAGAUCCCCUGCCUGGGAAACUCCAGAAAUCUGUGUGUGAGAGGCUGCAGUCAGACCUCAUCAUAUGCCUCCUGUACGUCGCGGUCCUCUUCGGCGUCCACGCCAGCACCGUCUUCACCGUUCUCCAGCCUGGCCUGAGCUACGUGCUGUACGGCAUCGCCGGGGUGCUGGGGUUCCUGCUGCAUUACCUCAUGCCCCAGCUACGCAAGGAGAUGCCCUGGCUGUGCAUCUCACACCCGCUGUUCAAGAACCACGAGUACUUCCAGUUUGAAGUCAGGGAUGCAGCAAAAGUCAUGUGGUUUGAGAGGUUGUUCGUCGUCCUGUGCUUUCUGGAGCGUAACAUCAUCUACCCCUUGGUCUUCCUCUGUGGCCUGACCACAACGGGAAAGAGUAUCACAGAUUUCUUCUCUCCAAUUGCCGGUGCCUUCAUUUUGACAGUCUGCGGACUCAAGCUUCUCCGUAGUGCCUUCUCCAACACCGCCACCCAGUACCCCAUCCUAGCCCUCACUGUGCUCUUCUUCAAGUUUGACUUCCACCAGGACACCAUCCUCUUGGACCUCUUUGUCGUCAAUUACUUCCUGAUGUCCAUCUUUCUUCACAAGCUGCAUGAGUGGAUUCUCAAGAUGAAGUUUGUCUUCACUUACAUCGCUCCAUGGCAGAUCACCUGGGGUUCGGCAUUCCACGCGUUCGCUCAGCCAUUCAGUGUGCCUCACUCUGCCAUGCUGUUCCUGCAGACGCUCAUCUCGGCGUUCUUCUCCACUCCUCUCAACCCCAUCCUAGGCAGUGCAAUAUUCAUCACCUCCUACCUCCGACCCAUGAAGUUCUGGGAGAGAGAUUACAACACCAAGCGAGUGGACCACUCCAACACCCGCCUGUCCACCCAGCUGGACAAGAACCCCGGCUCGGACGACAACAACCUCAACUCCAUCUUCUACGAGCACCUGACCCGCUCGUUGCAAGAGACGCUGUGUGGAGACCUGGUGGUGGGCCGAUGGGGGACCGUCAUCGCGGGCGACUGCUUCAUCCUAGCCUCCGACUACCUGAACGCGCUGGUGCACGUCAUCGAGGUGGGCAACGGACUGGUCACCUUCCAGCUCAGGGGACUGGAGUUCAGAGGAACUUACUGUCAGCAGAGGGAAGUGGAAGCCAUCACAGAAGGAGUGGACGAUGAUGAUGGUUGUUGUUGCUGUUACCCAGGCCACCUACCCCACUUCUUGUCAGCCAAUGCAGCCUUCAGUCAGCGUUGGUUAGCUUGGGAGGUCAUCGCCAGCAAGUACAUCUUACAGGGCUACAGCAUAUCAGACAAUUGUGCGGCUUCCAUGCUGCAAGUCUUUGAUCUACGCAAGAUCCUCAUCACCUACUAUGUCAAGAGCAUCAUCUACUACGUAGUCCGCUGCCCCAAACUGGAGCAGUGGGUCGUCAACGAGACAAUCCAAGAGGCGUUGAAGGAUUGCAGCGAGGAUCGAUACACGGACUGCGACCCGACCUUCACCCCUAAGAUUGAUGAAGACUACGACCUGCGACAGAGCGGGAUAUCUAGAGAGAGCUUCUGUAACUGUUACUUGGGUUGGAUACAGCACUGUGCCAGCAGGAGAGAAGAGGAGUUGGACAGUAGCAAGCCGUCUUGGUUGGUAACCCUGUGUUUUGCCCUGUGUCUUCUGGGCAGGCGGGCGCUGGGUACCGCCUCACACCAUCUAUCAACGAGUAUUCUGGAGUCCUUCCUGUACGGUCUACACGCUCUCUUCAAGGGUGAUUUCCGCAUCACCUCAGUCAGGGAUGAGUGGGUCUUCACUGAUGUAGAGAUGCUCAGACGUUGUGUGGCCCCGGGGGUCCGAAUGUCUCUCAAGCUCCACCAGGAUCAUUUUACGUCCCCAGAGGAGUACGAGGACCACCAGCCAUUGUACGAUGCCAUCACCAGCCAUGAACAGAACCUGGUGAUAGCCCAUGAGGGUGACCCUCAGUGGAGGAAUGCUGUCCUGUCUAACACCCCGUCACUCCUAGCUCUCAGACAUGUCUUGGACGAAGGCUCUGACGAUUACAAGAUCAUUAUGCUGAACAAGAAAUACCUGAGCUUCAGAGUUAUCAAGGUGAACAGGGAGUGCGUGCGUGGAUUAUGGGCAGGCCAGCAGCAAGAGCUGGUCUUCCUCCGUAACCGCAACCCAGAGCGAGGCAGCAUCCAGAACGCCAAGCAGGCGCUGCGUAACAUGAUCAACUCAUCCUGCGACCAGCCCAUCGGAUAUCCCAUCUACGUCUCGCCGCUGACCACGUCCUACGCAGACAGCAGCGAGCAGCUGGCCAGUAUCAUCGGAGGGCCACUGAGCUUCGGUAACAUCAAAGCCACGGUCAUCAGCUGCUGGAGAAGGAUCCGCAUGCAUUGUGUGACGGGCUGUAGCAGCGGGGGUGGGGGACCUGACGGAGGGGACAAGGAUGACACAGAGACGGUCACUGGGGGAGGGGCCAACACAAGCCACACCCUCAACUCACAAGGAGAGAACACGUCUCAACCCCAGCAGGGCUCCACGGGCCAAUCCGACACCUCCUCCCAGCAGCUACAGACCCCAGGUCACAACAGACACAGUCUUGGGUCCAGCACGGGGUCCGUGGGGAAGCAGGGGAUGGGGCGCAUCCCGCUGGCUACUCUGUUUGGGGAUUCGGCGUACCACAAGGACCCGUACCUGGGCCACAGAGUUAGGAUUAUGGAUCCAAGUCUGGUCUACGACACCCUCAACAAUAGCAAGUUUGUCAUGUGGCCUGAGGAGAGCAUGCGAUCAACGGGAGGCAGGAACUCCUGGAAGAGCUGGUACCCGGAAGAAGGCAUGGAAGGUGCAGUGGUCCACACUUGGGUACCGUGCCAUCGGGACCAGUCUCGCAGGUCGCACAUUGACAAGACGAUACUCUUGGUCCAGGUCGGCCACCGGUAUGUCCCCAUUCCUGAAGGGGCGGUCUUGGACCUGGGCGCUGAGGUUUGACGAAGGUUAAUUGACACUGUGAGACAGACAGCGUGACGUCAGUGGUGGACCAAUCACAGAUGUGCUCCCAUUCCAGAAUGGGCCUUGGCUUUGAGGUGGGAUGAUGCCAAGUGGCCCACUGUGAGAAACGGAGAGAAUUAGAAAUUUGGAAGUUGAACCAAUCACAGAUCGAUUCCCAUUCCAGAAAGUCGAAGUUUGGGACCUGGUUUUGGGUUUGUUGAUGUCAGUUGACGACCCUGAGCAAUAGAGAGAGAAAUUGAAAGUUGACCCAAUCACAGAUCUGUUCCCAUUCUAGAACGGUCUAGACCUUGGCACUGAGGGUUUGAUGAUGCUUAUUGACCCCAUAAGAAACAGGGGGAGGAGGGUUGACCCACUUACAGAUCUGACCCCAUUCCAGAAUGGGCAGCUGUUUUGAUUGGGACCAUGAGGUUUUCAAAGUCCGCGAUAAAGACUUGCCGAUGAAGAGUAGCAUCAGGCCCUAUUUUGCCCAUUCUUGAAUUGGCUGAUUAUGACCCAGGCACAAAAGUAAAAUGGCGAACCAAAUUUUUACAUCUGCAACUUGAAAUAAAAGGCAGUGUACUUGACAGGAUAUUGCUACUUGAGAAUUGCUGCUUAAACAUUGCUGCUUGGAACCUUUUGGAGAGGGCCCCUUUUCGACCUGGGCAGAAAGUUUGUUGCUUUAGCUUUCGAAGAUUGAUCACGGCUUAAAGGCCAGUUGAUACACGGCAUUCAGAGGUUGCUUAAGCUGAACCCAUUUUAACACCAGCACAUUUCACUCUGCAUUGCUUUGCAAUGUCAGUUCCAAUUUCAUUUGCAUUCACCUGAAGUAUGUACUGACCUUAAUUUCCGAGUGAGACCGCCGUGUUAUAUAAGAUAUUUAUUCCGUGAACAUCUCUGAACGGGUGGUUCGAUGUGCUGCGCAACUCCCCAGUAGAGGUAUCUUCAACAUAACCUACACCACUUAAGAAAAUUAUUUGUAGAAUUACAUCGUAAAAAGGGAUCAGAAGAUGAAGAAAGAAAAAAAGGUCCAAGAAUCCAUGGUAGCAGAGGUUUUAGAAUGCUGUGUCAAAUGCACAAAACACAGUGACAAGCCCAUUCCGACUUAAUGCCACAAACUGAAAUGAUGAUUUUUGUAUUUAUUUUGUAGCCACUGCGAUGUAGAAUAUUGUGCAAACUGACAAUGACAUGACUGUUUUUGAAACGACUGGCUUUGGCUUCGUCUUCGGCUUAAGGAGAUUUUAGGCUGCAAACUUCUUGAACUCCAGCUACAUUUUGGUGCCUGAUAUGCUUCAGAAACAUUCAAUCGGUUGAUAUGAAACCAAAAGUUGGAAUAUUUUUGUUCAUUUUGCCUCUCGGUGAUUCAGAAGUAGGAGGCACAGCCGAAGACGAAGAAAUGGUUUUGAAAAACCCAUAGUGUUAGGGCUAGGGGCAUCAAAAUGUAAAAGUGAUCAAUACUCUGAUGUAAAUAUCAGACAGUUUUGGAAAGCCUCAGUAAGUAAAAAUAGAUUAUUUGGGAAAAAAAGUUGUUGAUAUUCUUAAGAUAAACAUUAUAAAGUGCCCCUGCUCGGCGAUAUUUGUUGAAUUUUAGGUUGGUUUUUCCCUACUGAAGAUAAACCAUUUAUAUGUCGUUAAAAAAAAAGAUUUUGUAUUCAUCUGCUUGUGUUCAGGACCACCGGAACUGAAAAUGAUUUUUUUAAAUGCAAAAGCUUUUGGGUUGAUAUGGAGCUCUUGAAUUAUGACAUAUUUAGUACAGCACUUGCAAAAACCAAAUUCGCUGAUUCUAAAAGGUGUACUCAUAUAUAUUGUUUUUCUUUUAUGUCUACUCUCUACUUACCCAGACUUUUCAAAUCAAGUGUACAUCCUAUAUUUACGAGGUCAUUCCAUUGAAAGGUGGCGUUUCCACUCUAACUUAAAACCCCAUAAAUAGAUUAUAGACCCUUUAAAAGUUAUAAAAUGUAGCAGAUUUCCAGUAUAUGCAUACCUUUCAUGUAGAAGGAGAAUCUCUGUGCAGUUUUGAACUCAUUCGAUGAUACGUUGGAUACAUUUCACUUCGCAGUUUUCUGAGAAGGUAUACUUCAGACAAAUCUGAGUAAAACAAGGCCUACAUGAAUGAGCAUUACCACCAAAGCCUGCGCAUUUUGCAAUACAAGACCAGAUUCAUGCAAUUUUGGGACAGUUUUUAUCAUCGAUGUUGCUAACACUUUCGUUUUGUUAUGUUUUUAUGUACCACUUGAUCUUUAGUGUUUGAUCAUGACCAUAUUUUUAUUAAUUUUGGCACAGAAAAUCCUUUAUAUAAUGCUCAAUUUAUGCUGAAGUAAGAAAAAAAUCCAUCCUGCUUGCAGUGUACCAAUAGACCUUAUUUGUAGCCGCCAUCUUAGAGGGCAGCUUUUGUUAUUUUAAUUCAGUAACAAUGAAUGCACAAAAGGUUCACUCAUGCCUAUACCAGCAAAACAGAGGCAUUGCCCUUUAAGAUGGCUGCUACGCAUAAGAUCUAUGUAGCUAAUCGGUGGUGGCGGUGUAAACAAAUACAUUGCUAUAGGAAGGAGAGGCUUCGUAUAUUUUCAUUUUUCCAGAGCAGAAUCGAAAAAUCCAAUUAGUAAAGAACCUUUGUUUCUCUUUGUAUUCACCGAUUCAAAUAACAUUUUUACAUGUAAUUAUGUCCACGUUUAGGUACGAAUUAACUUUAUUAAUGCACAAAUAAGUUGCACGCUCGAAUUUCACAUUACGUGUGCACGGGCCAUUGCCCAUACACCCACACACGUGUUGCGUGAGUAGUCUGGCACCCACGCAAACAGGUCAACAGUGUGCGUUUCUUUUAUUUAAUAAAAAUGGGUGCCAGCCAUGGCGCUCGGCAUCAUGUUAUUGACAGAAAAACAUUGAAGUUUAUUAAAAUGUGAAAUGUCAAAAAAGCAAGGUGUAUAACUUCAGAUAAACGUGUAAAUAUUUUGUCUGAAAUCCUUGGAAAGGAAUGUACAGAUUUCGUACGCGAUUUCUACUUCUUUCUCUUUUUUAUUAUAGUUCUAAACAAAAUUGUGUCGUCGAUUUUUUUUUUGCUUCUGUUUUCAAAAACAAGAAAAGUGGAAUUUUCUUCUCUGUAAAUUUCUGGCCAUCACUCAGGCUCCCUUCUUUGUGUUUUUCCCUAAAUUUGAUGUAAAUAUGUAUAUAAAAAAAAUCACAUUAAAAAGUUAUGCCAUGGUUGUUGGUAUGCCUUUACAGUACUUUAAUAAUAAAAAAAUCAGUGUACAAAAAAUCAGAAAUUAUAAACUAGUUCAGAUGAAUCUGAACCGUGUUAAACGAAAAAAAAAUCUAUGAAGUGUACUUGCGGCAGUGGAGUAACCAUUAUGCAAUAUGUAAUAACGAUCGUCAACAUUUACAAAUAAAAGCAUUUAAACGGCUUCGAAUUCAAAAUGUACGAAUUCCAUAUACCUUUCGGCCGUGCAUCUGAUAGUUUUUAUUAUAUAUACCGCAGGAAAUGUGUCGCAUUGCAGAUUCGUGAAAUAAACAAGUUGACGAUCUAUCAUAAUUG